AUGCGUCUGACGGUCGAAAGGGGGAUAGAAAGACUGGUUCUUGCAGCUUUACGAUUUUAUGGGACUGGAUCGUACCAGGGAUCUGUGGCCGGUGAUGAAUACAUACGUCUCAGUCAGAAGUCGGUCAGCAGGUGCAUCCACGAUGUGUCAUCGGCUAUAAGUAGUGAAGUCAUGCCAAGGCAAAUUAGAUUCCCAAGCACAGAAGAGCAGGAGCAGAUAAAGCGAAGGGUUUAUCUAAAGCAUAAUUUUCCUGGCGUGAUUGGCACUAUAGAUUGCACUCACGUAAGAAUAGUUGCACCUGCUGAGGACUCAACUGAGAUCCGGCAAAUGAGUUUUUUUAGCAGGAAAUGCUUCCACUCGCUCAAUGUUCAACUGGUUCUAUGUGCUUUAAAUUUCUUCCCUGGCGGGGGAUACCAGAAAAGGGUUGGGAAUGAUGAUUAUAUAAAGGUCACGCAGCAAAGUGCCAGCAAUUGUAUUCGGCAAGUGUCCCAAACAAUGUCGCAGCAUCUCCUUCGGAAAUUUGUGCAAUACCCAAGUGAUCAGAGAGCACAAGAAAAUAUAAAGGAGGAGUUCUUCAAUUACUGUGGAAUAGGAGGCGUACUUGGUGCAAUUGACUGCACACAUGUAGCAAUAAUUGGCCCACCUAAUGAUGGCUUUCACCAGGAGCGGAAUUAUGUCAACCGUAAAGGCUGGCAUUCCCUAAAUGUACAACUAAUUUGUGACAUGGAUACAAAAAUCUUAAAUGUUGUGGCUCGUGCCCCUGGUUGUACCCAUGAUUCCUUCAUCUGGCGUUCUUCAAAUUUGAAGACGGCAUUUGAUGAAGGAAACAAAAUCCAUGGUGAUGGGUGGCUCUUAGGUGACGCUGGUUACCGGCAAGAACGACACUUACACGUUCCAAUAGAAGGUGCCAUCCCAGGAUCGGAUGAAUAUAAAUAUAAUGCAGCUCAUGCAAAAGGCAGGUGUGUGAUAGAACGAUGUAAUGGCAUCCUGAAAAACAGAUUCAGGUGUCUCUUAAAGGAUCGUGUGUUACAUUACCUGCCUGAAGUUGCAGCGCACAUUACAAAUUCAUGUGUAAUUUUACACAAUAUGUGUGUAGAAGAUAACAUAUACUGGGAAGAUGCAGUUCUCGAUGAAGAGGACGAACUGUUUGAUACCGUCGAAGAUGAUGAUGAAUAA